AUGGUUGCGCCAGCUGUUCCAGAGAUCACGGAGGAAGUCCUACAGGAGUCCAUCGAUGCCCGCACCGAGUCGCUCAUCUCCCUCCGCGAACUUGGUCCUCCUGAUCUUGUCCACCUCCUGAAGCAGCAGGCCCGUAACUCCGGCAAACAUAUUGGUGUGUACCACCAUGUGACCGGCGUGGAUGCCUCCUCCUCUGCCAGCCUGGCUGCGUACAUAAAUACACUCACCUACAAAGAGCAUGGACAGGCACAAUCUGCCAAGAUCGUUGAGGGUGUAUACUGCUGCUACAAUGCCUUCUCCAGACUAGAUAUGCGCGUCCAUGUCACCAUCCCUGGAACCGUCGAGAGCUACUGCGUCGAUGAAAGGGGCGAAAAGAGAAAGGCAACAGACGAUCUGUGGCUGGAAACCUACUUGUGCAGCGUUCUGCGCGCCUACUCUUACGCCGACGACGGCAGUGGUGACACAAUCAGGAAGGUCAUGGGCGUGCGGCGUUUCAACCCAGUGACGAACACAGAGACUGAGCAGCGUUUCCUGACUGCUGCAGAGCAGUUGUUCUUCAGAGGCUGGCAGCUUGGCUCGGACUCUAUCGUUCAGGUACCGAAUAUUGUCUCGAACCACCUCACCACCGGCCUCCUGAAAUACUUCGAAACCACCGGCCGUUACUCGUCCGGGAUCAACCUCUUCGAGAAGCUCCGAACACAAAAUGUGGAGGUGGCUUCGCUGUUGGCCAAGGUCUUGUUCAUGGGCAACGAAGAAGUUGAGGGCGUACGAGCUUUACACGCGGCUCUCAAAGAGAGGCCGAUGGACUACGUCAUGCUCGACACGCAGGCAGGCUUCCUGUUGAAGAAGGCGCAGACUGCGUCCACUCAGGAACAAAAGGAGGAACGCCUACGAAUGGCGCUGGGGUGUGCAGACAGGAGCACAAUCGCAGCCCCGAGCGAGUUUGGAACAUGGGCAAGACUUGCCGAAGUAUAUGUCGCCAUGGAGGACUGGGAAAACGCGCUCACAAUUCUGAACUCCUGCCCAAUGUUCACAUACCAGGACAAGGACGCACCUCUCAUGCCGGAACCCAAGGACGUCUACCUUCCAACACUGCCUGAGACAAGGCUCGAUGAAAUUGAUAGUGAGCCAGAGUCGAGGUACCAAGAGCAGGUUGAACCCAGCUUGCUAAGCCUGCGCGCUGCCUCGUAUCGCGGAACAUUCAAGAAAGCCUACGGAAUCCUGACAGAAAUGACCGCGAAGAUCGGGUGGGACCAGCUACUCAAGAUCCGGAGCAAUGUGUUUGUUAUGGAAGACGAAUACCGAACUGAGAAGCAGGAGGUCGGGCCACCCGUCCCAGCGAAGCGUGGGCCGAGCACCGACGUCCUUCGCGGCACGCCCGAGCCCACCACAAACGGUGACCAGUCCGACGAGGAUACUUCUGAGGCAGAUUCAAAGCCAACCAAUACCGACGAGACCGGGCAGUCAUCCGUAUCGAACGGAGAAGGUGGGAAUGUAGAGAAGCCAAUUGUCGCCGCCGAUCCUGGAGAACCCAAGGUUGAGGAGAACGGAACCACAACUCAGCCAGAAGAGAACCUAUCCCGAUUGAACAACAAGCGUCUCUGCGAGCGUUGGUUGGACAGCCUGUUCAUGGUUCUGUACGAGGAUCUGCGCGUAUACACCAUCUGGCGCACGCAGAUGGCGCAGUACCGCGCUCAAUCUAUGCAAUACAAGAAAUCCGCCGAGGAAUGGGAGAUCCUCGGCUCUCUCGCACACCGUCUCCAGCACACCGAGGAAGCUGUCGAGGCUUACCGUGCAUGCCUUGGCCAGCGUUUCAGUCCCAAGGCCCUGACCGGGAUUUUGAGGGUAUUUGAGAAACAGAAGAACACAAGGGAAACAGUUGCAGCGACGAUUCGCCUGGUCACCUGGCAGUACCGUUGGUAUAGCGAGUUCAGCCCGGAGCUGCUCCACACGAUUAGAACACUCAUAGAGGACGAGGGUGCGGUGAAGGUGAGGAGCAUCAUCCAAGCAACCAGCCUGCCGCAGAACGUCUUGGACUUGACCCAUCACUAUGCGGCUCUCUGUGCCACGUUCAGGAGCAGUGGGACGGAUGGUUAG